GGGGGAGCCCGGGCGCCCGCGGCGGCGCUGCCGUCCGCCGCCGCCGCGCUCGCCGGGGCCGCGCUGCUGCUGAGGCGGAGGGCGCCUUGGGGGCCCGGACAAGGCGCCCGCACGGGUGGUGCUCUUGGUGCGGGCCGCCAGGGGCGGCGCGGAGGACGAGUCCGACGACGAGGCUCCGCCAGCGGCGAAGCGGUCGGUGCCCUCGCUGGCGCCCCUGGCGCCAGCGGCCGGGGCGGAGCCGGUGAAGUGGAACGGCCGAGAGGUGACGAAGCCCCUGGGGCUGAUGACAGACAUUCCGAAGGUGCCCGUCGGGAAGCCCUACUCGAAGGAGUUGCGCCUGCUCAAGCACGUGUUCGAGACCGCCACCAAGGGCGACCCUGUGUCCGUGUGCAACGCCAUAGAAUCGUACGGUACAGAUACGCUGGGACCCACCAGCCAGUGGCUCAAGAUCGCGGGGGACGUGAAGACUCUUGUCCUCACUAAUGCGGUGGGGGCGGCCCACCCGAGGGGAGCAAUCUUGGAAGUUGGCUGCUACUGCGGCUAUUCUUCCUCGCGCAUGGCUGCGGCGGCCCCCAAAGGCCACAUCUGCACGCUGGAGGUGGACCCCGUGCACGUCAUCGUAGCUAGAAACGUCCACCUGUUCGGUGGCAUCAGCGACCGCGUCGACGUCUGGACCGGCCACAGCAAGGACCUCGUCGCGCGGAUAGAGGGGCGCUACGGCGGCCCUGGCAUGUUCAAGGUCGGCGCCGUCUUCUUCGACCAGAAAGGAUCUCGUUACGACGAGGACCUUGUGAAUUUGGAGAAGCAGGGGAUGAUGCUCCCAGGGGCCUUGGUGGUCGCAGACAAUGUGCUGAAGCCGGGCGCGCCCAUCUGGUGCUGGCGCCUUUUCAAGGGCGUCAAUUACUUUAGCCAGAUUGUCAGCAUGAACGAGUUCGCAAUGCCCUCGGAGGAUUGGAUGACUCUCUGCAUUCGCCGCACCGAGAUGCCCCCCGUGCAGAGGCAGGAGUGGCCCAGGAAGCCCCUCACCGAGGAAGACCUGGCGAACAUGGGUGACGAGACCAACCCGUUGAAGCAGAGGUUGCCGAUGGAGGGCUUGCCCGUGCCCACCCAGGAGAUGAAGACCAUGAACUGGGAGUGCGACAGGGUCCGAGAGAGGGCAUUCUCGGCUGUGCGCAGCGUGACGUUCCAGGAGUGGUCGGAGUUCGCCGCCGACCUGAAGAAGAAGAUGGCCGAUCAUGACAUCGUGGUGACUGUGGACGCGACGACCGCCACUGGGUAAGGCUCUUGCUGUAGGCGAAGCUGCAGGGAAGGCAACUGAGCUGGCAUGGUUGGCGUUGAAUCAUC